AGGGAUCUGGUGCCAUAUUUAAAUGAGCGCAAGCAGUGCGCGUGUGACGUAGCCGAGCGCGCAGCUGGACAUCAAAGGGGAUAAAAGCGACUGUCCACGGGUCGAUAAGCUCUUUUAGCGAAAGCAGAUAGAGUGUUUGUGCGUCUCUUUCAACGGUGACCGGAUCAGGAAUGAUUUCAGCACCGCGGACAGCGACAGAACGAACAAAACUCCCGUACUGCCACGAAUCUUUCCACAACCUUCAGGAGUUGAGACACAGUGCAUCUCUGGCCAAUAAGGUCUUCAUUCAGAGAGACUACACGGAUGGCACCGUCUGCAAGUUCCAGACCAAGUUCCCCUCAGAGCUAGACAGCAGGAUUGAGAGGACCCUGUUUGAGGACACAGUGAAGACGCUGAAUAAUUACUAUGCAGAGGCGGAGAAGAUUGGAGGCCAGUCUUACCUCGAGGGAUGUCUGGCCUGCCUCACAGUUUACCUCAUAUUCCUUUGCAUUGAGACACGCUAUGAGAAGGUGCUGAAGAAGAUCUCACGGUACAUUCAGGAGCAGAAUGAGAAGGUCUACGCUCCUCGAGGUCUCCUCAUCACAGACCCUAUAGAGAGAGGCAUGAGGGUCAUUGAGAUCAGUGUGUACGAGGAUCGCGGCUCCAGCGGUUCAAGCUCAGGAAGCAGCACAACCAGCAGCAGCGGGCGAUGAUUCACGCACACACACUCGCCCACAUGUGACGCCUUCAUACUGACGCCCGCUGAACAGACACGACAGCGACCGCUCAGCAUCGCCAAACACAAACACACCUGACAUGAACUGCCUCCAUGAGACACAUCAGCUGUUGGAUCAGCAACUCAUCAUUACCUCAGUCAUCACUACCGCCACCCUCCGGCACCUUCACUAACCUGCAGCCGUUGCACAUCCUUCAGUCACUCGCUGUAGCAUUCUGGGUAAAGCGCACAUGAGCUUCUGUCACUGUAAUAUGCAAUCUCACUCACAAACGCCUGUGAUGUAGCUGCCGAACGGCACACGACAGUCUUCCAUCGUCAUGAUUUUCCAUCCUUUUUAGUUUGAGAAUUAAAUGAGCACUUUCACUGUAAUUACUGAAUAGAAGACAGAUUGUAGACUUAUAGACUUAAACUGAUAUUUUAUACAGGCCCCAGACACUGCCAUCUUAUUCCACGGGUACUAUUUAUGACUUUACCAUUUUGUUUUAUUUCAUAGUGUGCUAAUCGUUCAUGCUUUGUACUCAUAACGCGUCGUCAGAGCAGAAACGAGUCCUGAUGACGUGACUGCCAAGAGCCAGAGCUUCCUCACAUGGUCCUUCAUCAUGAGCUUCCAUUUCUUACUGAGAACAUUUGGCCCCUAUUUAUGCAAAGAUCGAGAGAAAAAGAAGCUGAGAGUGCUAUUUCUGUUGUGUAGCAAAAUAAAUCAACAAUGAUGGUCAAAAGAACGAGUUCUGCUUUUCUGUAUUUAAUCCACAUUUCAUUUAAAUGUAUUUUUCUCCACAGGGUUUUAUUUAGUCAUUUUACACUUGACUAAAAAGAAAUGCUAUUAUGUAAAACAGGACAUUAAGUUCUUAAGAUAUUAUUAUAUAUUUAUAAAACGGGUAGUUCCGGUUCUUGAUUCUGAUUGGAUGAGCUCAGUUGGAAGCUGUUGUAAAUUACUCUACAAAUAUACACCUUUGUUUAUGUUUGUGUAUUGCUCCGCAACCACUUUGUUGCAAAGACAACCAUUUCAAAGGAACUACAUUUUUUAGCAGAAGAAUAAUGUUUUUAUUAAUAUCACUACACUUCAUUUGCUCUGCUUCAUUUUGUGAAACCUUAAUACAUACAUGGAGUAACAGUUUUAUAAAAGCAAUAAGCCUCAUGAAGCUGUGAUUUACACUGAUUUACAUUUACAUUGUUUUAAUGUGUGGGCUUGAAAGUGUGUCAAAAAUAAGACGUUUCACUGGAAAAUGUCAUCUGAACAAGUAUGUUAUAUGUCUGUAAGUUUCAUUCUGACCAACUGAAAAAAUUAGUUUUACAAUACAUCAUCUACUAAUGGUGAUUAAAUCUAACGAUAGCAAUGUUAGCUCAGAUCACGUCAAACUGUGCAAUUUAUUAUUGCUAUACUUUGUUCUCGUUAAUGU